GCGCAGGACGCCGCUUCAACCUUGGACGAGCCUGCCUUCAUCAACUUCAGUCUUCGCCUUUCUGGAUCUUGGAUGCCUGUGGAGGUUCUGCACCUUCUUUGCGUGUCUUUGCGCUGAUCUAAAAGCGGUGUCCCGUCCCAUCUGGCUUCGACCAAGGCUUCGUCUUUUAACUUGGAUGACGAUCUGAUGCCAGAAUUGGACGGCCACCUUGAUGAACGCUCAUACGUUCGUCGACGCAGGCUCCUCGAGGGUCGUGCUCAAAAGGUGCGCCGUCAUCCUACCGUCUUAGGAGUCUCUCCAUCACCUGGCCUGGACCUGGAUUGUGACUGACGAUGCGAAUCUGCAGCGAUGAUUACGAUCUGCGUAUCCGGCAGCAACCGGAGCGCGCUCGAGUCGCAGGGCCCAAAGAGAAAGAUCGGAAACCUGUCGAUCCUCCCCCAAUCAUUCAGCUUCGGAUCAGAGAUGAAUCCGAUCCUGCCCAAAACUAUCUCCAAAGCCCAUAUUACUUUAUGUGUUGCAACCUGUUCGAUGCCAGCGAGGAUCGUCCCGCAGAGUCUCCACAGAAUGCCCUGGCAGGAACGCUGGUCUCAUCUCUCCAUCGGCUCAAGGACAUUGACAACAGCGAUGGGGGCUUCUUUGUCUUCGGCGAUCUGUCGGUCAAAAUGGAAGGCGAGUAUAGGUUGCGAUUCAGCCUAUUUGAGAUGCUCAAGACUGAAGUCGUUCACAUCAAGUCGAUCGUCUCAGAAACGUUCACAGUCUACUCUGCAAAGAGUUUCCCAGGGAUGUCUGAAUCGACGUUUCUUUCUCGGUCUUUUGGUGAUCAAGGCGUAAGGCUCAGGAUUAGAAAGGAGCCGCGAACGUUGCUGAGGAAGCGUCCACCAACAGCUGGAAUGCGGCCAGAGGAAUUUCCUCGUGCUUAUCCUCUCCAGGGACCAUUUGACGCAGCUGCUCAGUUUUCUCCGUUUCCUGGAACGGCGAUGGGGGCGUAUGUUCCGACUGGUAUGCGGGAUUAUCCUACUACCUUUGCAGAGCCCUCCACGAAGCGACAGAGGACAUCAGCAGACGUGAGUACCCAGGACAUUUAUGCGAGAGAUCCACGCUACGGCCAACGCGUGUACCAAGACCCUCAAAAUCCCUAUGCGGCAUAUGCACAACCAGGUGCUACACAAGGAGGAUACGGUUAUGCGCCUGCUCCCUAUGCUGCGCCAACAGGGAUGCCAGAGCACUCGUACCGCUAUCCACCACCUGUAUCCUCGUCAGUUUCCUCGCCCUAUGGAUCACCACGUACGCAGUCCACCGUACGUUCGCCAUCUGGCAUGGCUCCCACUUACCAGCCCUCUCGCUUGUCGUCGCAGUCGUACGCUGGAGGCGCUCAAUACCCCUUGCAGGUUCCCCAACUGGCUGACCCGAGUUCCCGUCAACCCUCUCAAGCAUAUGACCCUUCGUAUCUAAGCGGACGGUCACUACAAUCUACCAGCAACGCGCCUACGCCGUCUGGUGGGGUAACUCGGAUCAUGACUCCCCAGAAUAGUUAUGCUGCCGCAGGAGCGCAAGGUAUGGCCCCUGCAAUGGCUCCACCGGCUACGCAGCAGCGGCAAUCGACGACGCAACAGCAGCCUCCAUUUACUACAGUGUUACCGCCGCUGCAAUCUUCGGGCGCUUCCAUAUCCCCUGGCCCAUCUGCUUCUCGAUCCAUGGCUGGUUCCAUGACACUACCACAAGCUUCAAACGUUGCAGGGCUUCCCGGAGCGGCAAUAAGUGGCACCCUUCCGUCGACUGGCACAGGACGUGAGCGCUAUGCGUCUGGUGCAGGUGCUGGAACGGCACAAGGGUUUGAUCCGGCUUCCUCAUCGACCAACCCACCGGGACCAUUCUCUUGAAGGGGUUUCCUCAUGGCGACCGGCUACCAUGUUG